AUGUGCGGAUACGAUCGGGGUUGCAAGGCGGCACUUGACCGUGCCAAGAGAGUAGCGCCUCACCACACUGGUUCUGAAGCACCGUGUCUGGCGCGGCUGCGGCGCCCGGCGGUUCGAACACCAUCCGCGGCUAAUCAAGGCCUCACUCCUCCGCAACACAACAUCGCCGGUUUCUACUUCUGUGACACUUUAACGUUGACGUCUCAAUGCUUUUUCGCUGUUGUCGCUGUUGCUUUAUGUUAA